UCCACCCCACAUGGCGCCGCUCCUGAAGAGGCUGCUACGACCCGAGACAACCCUCGCGGCCUUUGGCCGCCGCGAGGGACGACGUGAGGCCAGCCAGGGCACUGAUCCUGGGGCUGCGGUGCGAGUGCGGUUCGCCCCCAGCCCCACAGGCUUUUUGCACCUGGGCGGCCUCCGCACUGCCCUCUACAACUACAUUUUUGCCAAGAAGCACCAGGGGAGCUUCGUCCUGAGGCUGGAGGAUACGGAUCAGACCCGCCUUGUGCUGGGAGCUGCAGAGAACAUUGAGGAUAUGCUGGAGUGGGCAGGCAUCCCUCCUGAUGAAAGCCCCCGCAGGGGUGGUCCUGCUGGGCCCUACCAGCAAUCUCAGCGGUUGGCACUGUAUGCCCAGGCCACAGAAGCACUGCUGCAGUCGGGAGCUGCCUACCCCUGUUUCUGCUCGCCACAGCGGCUACAACUUCUGAAGAAGGAGGCCCUGAGGAGCCACCAGACACCCCGAUAUGACAAUCGGUGCCGGAACCUGAGCCGGGCACAGGUGGCCCAGAAGUUGGCCCAGGAUCCCAAGCCUGCCAUCCGCUUCCGCCUGGAGGAGGAGGCACCAGCCUUCCAGGACCUGGUGUAUGGCUGGAGUCGGCAUGAGGUGGCCAGCGUGGAGGGGGACCCAGUCAUCCUGAAGAGUGACGGCUUCCCCACAUACCACUUGGCCUGUGUGGUGGAUGACCACCACAUGGGCAUCAGCCAUGUACUGCGGGGCUCUGAGUGGCUCGUGUCUACCUCCAAACACCUGCUCCUGUACAAAGCCUUGGGCUGGCAGCCACCUCACUUUGCCCACCUGCCCCUGCUCCUCAAUAGAGAUGGCAGCAAACUGUCCAAGAGGCAGGGGGACAUUUUCCUGGAGCAUUUUGUUGCUGCUGGCUUUCUACCUGAUGCUUUGCUUGACAUCAUUACCAACUGCGGCUCAGGGUUUGCAGAGAACCAGAUGGGCAGGACCCUGCCGGAGCUGGUAACCCAAUUCGACCUGACCCGGAUCACCUGCCACUCAGCUCUGCUGGACCUGGAGAAGCUCCCAGAAUUCAACAGACUGCACCUCUGUCGGAUGGUAAACAGUGAGACCCAGAGACGCCAGCUGGUGGGGAGGCUGCAGGCCCUUGUGGAGGAGGCAUUUGGAAGCCAGCUGCAGGACAGGCAUGUCCUGCACCCAGCAUAUUUGGAGAGGAUCAUCCUGCUGAGACAGGGCCACAUCUGCCGCCUGCAGGACUUGGUCUCCCCAGCGUAUUCUUAUCUGUGGACUCGCCCUGCUGUGGACCGAGCACAACUGGACGCCACCUCAGAGAAAGUGGAUGUGAUUGCCAAGCACGUGCUGGGGCUUUUGGAAAGAUCUGGUAUGAGCUUAACUCAGGAGGUACUGAAUGGAGAAUUGAAGAAGCUGUCAGAAGGUCUGGAAGGCAUCAAGCACAGUAACAUGAUGAGACUCCUCCGAGUGGCCCUCAGUGGACAGCCAGUGAGUGCAAGGACCCCCUGUGGCUGAGAUGAUGGUGUCCUUGGGACCACAGGAAGUUCGAGAACGAAUCCAGAAGGCGCUUUCCAGCUAGGGAGAGGAUGAUCAGAACAGCAGGCCCUAGGAACCUAUACCCUUGGAACUGCUGUGGGAAGGAAGUGGCUUGGGGCCCAGGCUUGCAGAAGGGAUCAGGAGUGGAAAUGGAGACUCUGACUGCUCCCCAGCAGGCCCAUCCUGACCAGGUGGCCAGGAAAGCCCAGCUCAUUGCAGCUCCUUGAUUCUGGGAAGGGUAUCCUACUGCAUGGCUUUCUAUACCUCAUUCCACAGCAGAGGUUCAUAACUGGAUCAUAGAGAAGUUGGUUUCCCAAAACAGUUCAGAGGGCUCUGAUACUAGUUGCUAGGGCUGCCAUCACAAAAAUACCACAGAACUAGGCAACUCAAACAAUAGAAAUGUAUUUUCUCACAGUUCCAGAGGCUGAAAGUCCAAGAUCAGGUGUCAGUGGGGUUUGUUUUUUCUUGGGGCCUUUCUUCCUGCCUUGCAGACAGCUGUCUGUGUCAUCCCAGGAUCUGUCAUCUAUGUCCGUACAUCCCUGGCUUCUUUGUGUGUGUCCUAAUUUCCUCUUUCAAAGAUACCAGUCAGAUUAGGGCCUGCCCGCCCUAACAGCCUCGUUUUACCUUAAUACCUCUUUAAAGCCCCUGUAGCCAAAUACAGUCCAUAUCCUGUGAUACCGAGGGGUAGGGCUUCAACAUGUAUUUGAUCUGGAGGACACAGUUCAGUCCAUAACACCUUGGCAACAGUGUAGAUUUAUGGAUCCUAGGACAAUAACAGAUGAUUGACAAGCUGGGCCAAACCAGACUUCAGGCUUUCUUUGGGGAUUAUAAAGGGAGAAGUUACUCAUCUGCCACAUGUGUUUGGUGUUACUCUUUUGACCCUGGGGCAGCAGCCUGUAUCUCCUUUCCCUUAAGGUCAGCUGUUCUCUUUCCAUUCCCCCAGACAUGGUCCUUGAACUGGAGACCUUUGCCCUGCCUAUUUUGUGUCUUUUUCUUCAUAUCUACCCCUUCUUUCCACCAUUGGUGUGAGUCUGCAAUGAGGGUCUGAGGUGACUGGAAAUAGCUAAAGUGAAAGGAGGGUGAGGAUAAGGCUUCUAGGCCUCCUGUGGUGGUCUCUGCCUCCCCGUGUUCACCCCCUGUGUGGCUCCUCACACAUUGAAUAGGGCUGACUUGUGUAACUAGGAAAUGGUAGACCCUG